AUGGAUCUCUGCGCAGUAAAGCAUAAUGUUCAAGAGUUGCAAAUUUGCCUUUCCAACAUUCAAGAACCAUUUUCAUUGCCUCAUUGCUUGUUUACUUGUGUGACACUAACAAAGUUAGAUCUUACUAUGCCUUGUAUCCUUAAACUUCCUCCUACAAUUUGUUUGUCAAAGCUCAAAAUCUUAGUUCUUAAGGGUGUUAGCUUUUCUGAUGAGCACUCAACCCAAAAGCUAUUUUCUGGUUUUCCAGUCCUUGAGGAGUUGUGUUUAGAUGAUUGCCGCUGGAUGAAUCUCAAGGUUGUGAGUAUUUGUGCUCCCAAGCUUUCCUCCUUGAUGAUACAAGACCCUUAUAAGAAAAGGUGGAGUGAUUCGGAUAAUUGUCAGGUUACGAUUUUGGGAGUUAGUCUCGAAAGUUUUUACUACACUGGUGAAUUCUUCAAUGAAUAUUCUUUACAUAAGUUAGCCUUACUUGUAGAGGCAUACAUUAAUGUUUGUGGCUCUAGAACAAGACCAAGACUAGUUGCUAACCGCAUGUAUACCCUUCUAAUAGGGUUCUCUAAUGCAAAAGAGAUAAUGCUUACAAGCUUUGCUGUUGAGGGGGUUAGUCUGUCCACAGAUUGUGAAAAAGUUGAUAGCAUACUGGACCCAGUGCCUCCAUGUUUUUUGUCACAGCUAAAGUGCAUUAAAGUUGGUUAUUAUAAUGGAGAUGAGAAGGAGCUAUCUGCAGUAAAGAUUUUGCUCAAGAAUGCAGUGGCCUUGGACAGGAUCGUUAUAUCUUUUUCAAAGAAUUUUGCAGGGUACUUGGAGAAGCGGGGCAAGUUAUUUCUCUUCCAGCAGGCUUAUGCUGUGGAACCUGAAAGGACUACUUUUGAGAGAUAUAAACCUAGAAGUACUGCUUCAACUCUAUUCUCUUUUGCUGUCCGUAUAUCAAUGCUACAUCAAUCUAAGAUUUCUGCAUUCUAUGGCAUAUAA